AUGGAGGAGGUGAUGGAGGAGGUGAUGGAGGAAGUGAUGGAGGAGGUGAUGGAGGAGGAGAUGGAGGAGGUGAUGGAGGAGGAGAUGGAGGAGGUGAUGGAGGAGGUGAGGAGGAGGGGUAAAGAAAUGGUCCUUUCAGGUGUAGAGGAGUUGAUCACAGCAAGUGAAAAAGUUGACGUGCUUGAAUCAAGUAUGCACUCGUUGGCAAUUUCUGAAAAACAUGAUGACGACCUAGAGGCUGCUAAUGAUUUGCAGAAUAGUAUGAUUGAGAUGGAGGAAGCUGUUUGCUGGGAAGAUGACGACUCUGAUGAGGAUUAUGUUCCUUUCCUCUAUCUACGAUCUACUGGAGCUUCAAGGGCAGAAAUUGACAAGCUUCCUGAAAUACACAUAGAUGAGGCUGUGCUGGAUGUAGAGGAGGUGCCCAUAGUUCCUGAAGAAGAUCAACACAUUCCUGUAAGACACAAGGUUGAGACUGUAGAGGACCUCGUAGGAAAGGAAGCGAGCAUCUGCUACAAUGACAACUUGCUCUCUCUUGCAAGGUACAUGCAGUUGCCUCGUGCAAGUACUGUAGAGCAGUUUAAGAUACUGUGGCAUGGAGUACUACAUCAUGUACGCAAUGAACACACAUGGGCCACAGGGUUCUGUGAGCAUGAGCCAUUGGAUGACAGCAGUCAAGAUAAGCCGUGGAUACAGCAAGGUUCUGCUGCUCAUCAGACCCUGACUGCUAUUGUUUUGAAUAAACGCUGGCUUAAAAAUGUGAAAAAGUACAUAACAUUCAGAACUACGUCAGAUUUGGAGAGUUUUCAGAACCAUAUUCUGAUGUAUGCAGGGAAGCGCUUUGCCUAUAAGUAUAAAGUGUACAGAACCAGGGUUUUCCUUGCUGCAAUAGAUUACAACUACCACAAUGGUCGAGAACAUAGACGCAACAGAAAAGGAGAAAAAAUUUACAGACGUGUCUGGAUACUUGGUCCUAAUGCGCCACACAACACAGCUUGGUAUGACCACCCUAUUGCCCUCCCCUAA